AUUUAACUUGGGAUAACAAGCGCUCAUAUGGAAAAAAGGAGUUUGACUACAUUUUUGAUAUAUAAACUCAAGUUAUUUGACAACUUUAACAAAUUCUAAAAAAUUAGUUUCCAAAUACUAAUGAUAACCUUAUAUUUAACUAUUAGUUUCAGGUACUUGUUUUGCAAUUACAAGAAAGUUGAGGGUCUAAACUGAAGUGCACAUGAAAGCUUUCCCCAAAAAAGGGUUUUGGGGGUUUUUCCGGUUUCCAUACCCCGUCGCCUCUCUUUCCAUUGCCGAUUUGCCUCCAUCGUUUCUCAAGCUUUUACACAAUGGUUCUAUCAAACAAGAAGCUAAAGGAAAAGCUACGAGCCCAACUCACCGAAGCCUUAGCCAAAUCAGAGUCUCAAGCAAACCAAUCCAAUCUCAACGACUCGCAAACCCCUCAGUCAUUCAAAUCUCUCCUGAAUUUGGUAACCCAAAAACCUAAAUUAUCCAAACGGGAAAAACGCAGAGUUACAGUACCAUCAAAUCAUGAAAAUGGUGAUGAAAAGAGAGAAAGUGAAGAGGGUAGUAACGGAUUGAAGACAAAUAAGAAGAGGAAGAGAGAAAAAGAUGGAGUUGAGGCGAAGGAAGAACAUGAGGCGAAAGAUUUGAGCGAGAAUAAAAAUAGUAAAAAGAAGAACAAGAAGAAAAAGAAUAAGAAAAAGAAGGUGGUCGUGAAGGAAGAAUCAGUUCUGCAAAAACCAAAUGCUGUAAGUGAAGAACAAGAACAAGCUGUUGCAGAGCCAAUUCAAAUUCAUACCAGCAAUGAAGAUGCGAAUAUUUCUACAAAGAUUUAUGUCGGAGGCAUUCCAUACUACUCAACAGUGGAUGAUAUUCGCAGUUUUUUUGAACAUUGUGGAAGCAUUACUGAAAUAGAUUGUCUAAAAUUUCCCGAAACUGGGAAAUUCAAUGGGAUUGCAAUGAUAAGUUUCCGGACUGAAGCUGCAUCAAAGAGAGCAUUAGCACUUGAUGGAUCUGAUAUGGGUGGACUAUCUCUAAAGGUUCAACCAUACAAGGCAACCAGAGAUAAAAAAGUUUCCGACUUUGCCCCUGCAAUGUUGGAAGGCUACAACAGAAUCUAUGUAGGAAAUCUUUCAUGGGAUAUGACAGAAGAUGAAUUAAAGAAAUUCUUCUCAGAUUGCAGUAUAUCUCCUAUUCGACUUGGAAAAGAUAAAGAAACAGGUGAAUUCAAAGGUUUUGCUCAUGUUGACUUUUCAGAUAGUCUUUCUUUGACAAUGGCAUUGAAAUUGGAUCAAAAACCUCUUUUUGGAAGACCUGUAAGAAUCAGAUGUGCAGUUCCACCAAAAUCAGUAAACCCUAGCUCAAAUCUGGACCCCACUUUUGGUAAAAAUGAAGUCAAUGGUAAGUUGACUCAUUCUGAUGUUACUGAUGAUGUUGCCCGAAAGCUAAAGAGGCAAACUUGCUAUGAGUGUGGUGAAAAGGGUCAUCUUUCUUCAUCCUGCCCGAAAAAGCAAGCUGCUGACGUGGCAAAAUCGGGCAGGGAAACUUUUGCUUCUGUGGAUAGCCAAAAGGUUGAUGAUAAAUCGAUUGAAUUUGUUGGUGAUGCUGCUUUAAAGUGGAGAACAUGCUAUGAAUGUGGUGAAAGGGGACACCUGUCGUUAGCCUGCCCGAAACGACAGGUUGCUGACGUGGCAAACUCGGGCAGGGAAGCUUUUGGUUCUUUGGUGGUUGUGGAUAAUGAUGUUUCUGAUAGUAAGGUAAAGAGAAGAACGUGUUAUGAAUGUGGUGAAAGGGGGCAUCUCUCGUCAGCCUGCCCGAAAAAGCAAGAUGCUGACGUGGCAAACUCGGGCAGGGAAGCGUUUGAUGUCAAAGAGGUUGUUGAUGAGAAAAUGAUUCAACCUGUUAGUGAUGGUAAGUUAAGGAGGAGAACAUGCUAUGAAUGUGGUGAAAGAGGGCAUUUGUCAUCUUUAUGUCCAAAGAAAGUUGUUGCUGAUGUGGCUGAUGACAUGGAGGUUGAGAAAGCUGAGGUGGCUGAAGUUGUUGAUAAUGUGGUGAGUGAAGGUAAGCUAAGGAGGAGGACUUGUUAUGAAUGUGGUGAAAGGGGCCAUUUGUUGUCUUUAUGCCCAAAGAAACAAGCUGCUGACGUGGCGAAUGUGAGGAAGGAGGAACCUGAUGACGUGGAAGUUGAAGCGUUAAAAACUACAGUGGCUGACGUGGCGAGUGGGUCAUCUUUCUUCCUUGUGUCCAAACAAAAAAGAAGCCGAUGCUUGAUGCUUCAAACUAAUCAAGUUUUUUCAUGAAGGAAUAGAAAUUUUGAUAGAAGUGAAGUUGGGAAUAUUGGCAUGAACUUAUAUGCUCUACAUUUUUCAAAAUUAUAAGUAAAAGGAGACAUAUAUAUAUAUAUUUUUUUUCUUGUCUUUAUGUUUAAUUUAUUUGUUGUAGAAUUGGAUUGGUAGAUUUGUUUGGUUAUUAUGUAUUUGGUGUCAUGUGGUCGGGGAAGAAUCGUUGAUGAUUCUUGCAUUUACACAAAGGGGUCGUGUCAUAAACAAUGCAAAAUGGAAACAAAAUUUACAUUUGAUGCUUUUUCAUCCCAACUUUUUAUGGUUUAUAAAGUGUAAAUGAGGGAAAUAAAGAAUGUGACGUUUUGAGGUAACAUUAGAGAGAUAUAGGCUAAUUUUAUUAGUAUCCCUAAUUAAUUGAGUGAGUGUGUGGGUCUUUGUGUACCUUAUAUUUGACUUUUUAUGUGAGUG